AUGAGCAGAGAAUCCGUAUCCACCACCAUCACCCAGGCUCCAGAAGACUUCAACAGCGUCGGAGCUCCCGUCAAGCUCAAGACCCCGUUGAAGAAGGAGGAGUUGGAGAAAAUCGCCAAGCAGCUCAAAAAGAAGUUGUCCAAGGCCUCCAUCACCGCCAAACAGUCGUUUUCGCCCGGCAAAAUGGUCGCUUCUAGUGUGGCGUUGCCCAAGUCGAGUCCCUUGAAGAGCUAUGCCCUCAAGAAGCUGUUGGGGUCCUCGCCCAUAGGCGCAGGCCUCUUGUCGUCGUCCCCCAAUAACUUGUACUCGCCCAACGGCAAGUCCCCAACACACAUCCGCACCCCAGCCGCAAUCUACCUCUCGUCCUCGCCGUUGAAGAACAUCGCUGCAGAUGACACCGAGGAAGAAACCAUGGACUCCCCCACCAAAAGGAGGAAGUCGUCUCCGUUGAAGGAAAAGGCACCCCAGAUGAUUCUCGAAGAAAUCUCCAGGCCCAACACGCCAUCAAAGCAGUUUCCAGCGGCUUUGAAGCCUUCGUUGGAGUUGACAGCAUCCAAAUCAGAAAACAAGCACAAAGAAUCGCCCCAGCAAACCACCCCCACCCUUCUUAAGCGCGAGUUGAGCGUGAACACCACGCCCAACGUACUUCUCAAGACCCCCACCCAACCCAGACCGUCCGCCAACGACAGCGGUGCUUACAAUGAUGAGGAAGGUGCCGAUUUGCUCAUGUACUUGGCAACUUCACCUUCCCCAGCAAAGCCAUUCUUUUCAAAUACUCCCAGAGCCAUCAACAUCCACCACCCGAUCAACUCCUCCGCUCCAACUUCCGCGGGCUCCUUUCCCAUUUCGCAUAAACCCACUGCCUCUACCGGCUCUACUGGGUCCUUCAUUGCACCUCCUCCAGUGACCCCAAAGAGACACGGGAACACCUCCACCAGAACCCCGCAGAAUAGACUCACUCCCUCGAUGAACUUGUUCAGUAACUUGAUCAAUGGCAACCUGGGUUUGCCUUCUUCUGGUUUAACUCUUACCCCUACUGGAUUCAAUAUGAAUGAUUAUGUAAAUUUCUUCACUCCAUCCCCUGGAGGUGCCAACAUCCACAGUGCCCAAAACAAGAACUUGUUGCGAACUCCUGAUUUCAACAACUUGAUCAACAACGCCAAUUCGGCGUCGGCAAACUCAGAAAAUGUUGCCAAUGGGUUACUUGGAAAACCCAAGGUGGAUGGCAAAAUACUCAAUUUUAAUAAGGUCCUUUUCGGAAAUGGCCCAGGAUCUGAGACUCCAAAAGAGUAA